AUGGAGGACCAGGCUGCGAGCCUUUUGGCGACGCUGAAAAAGCCCUCGUCCACUAUUGACGCAAAAAUCACCCAGUUCAACAACCUCAAGUCCAACAUCAAGCACCAGCGCGUUCCCGAGGGGGCCCACCAAGCCGUCUUCGAGUGCAUCCGCCUUGCCAUCGGUGCGCAAACCUCUACUACGCUCGUCUCCACCGGCUUCUCUGCCCUCGCCCACCUCAUCAAGCGCCUGGCCUUGCAGGACCAGACCGCCGUCAUCUCGUCGCAAUGCCCCAAGCUCCUCCCGCUCCUUCUUGACAGGCUCGGCGAUGCGCGCGAAAGCCACCGCAGUGCCGCGUCGCAGUCGCUGGCUGACCUGUGGCCCUACAACCAUGCCGGCGUCGAGGGCAUUAUCCGCGAGGGCGCGCUGGGCGGCACUAACUCGCGAGCAAAGGAGGCCGCUAUGCAGUGGGUUGUAAAGAUGCACAACAACGAAGGCUUGCCCUUCAAGAGCUUCGUUUCCUACCUUGUGGCGAAUUUGGAAGAUUCGGACGGAGCCGUCAGAGAAUCCGCAAAGACCGCGGUUGUGGAGCUGUUCAAAACUGCGCCUGAACAUGCGAAAACUAACCUCAAGAAGCAACUCAACGCUCACGGCGUAAGGAAGACCAUUGCUUCCUAUAUAGUUUCCAGCCUCGGCAUUCCGGGCAGCACAAUCGAUGUCGACCUCAAAUCCUCCACAGCCUCUGUAUCUACGGCACACCUGAACCCCGACACUGGAUUUGCCGACAGCUUGGGGCCGGAGCAUCCGCCACCAUCGGAGUCCGUGCCAAUGGAUCCCAUCUACGUCUAUACACAAAGGGAGCUAGAUGAUACCUUCCGCGAUAUGGCGCCGCACUUCGAAGGCAGAGAGACUGAGCAGAACUGGCUGCCUAGAGACAAGAGCAUCACCAAGCUUCGGCGCAUGAACCAAGGCAACACGCCACAUGAAUACCAAGCCGCAUUCGUCGCCGGGGUCAGAAGCAUACUUGAUGGCAUUAUCAAAGUUUGCAGUUCGCUCCGGACAACCAUGUCCACCAAUGGCUGCCAGCUUGUGCAGGAGCUAGCAAGAACGUUGGGCCCCGCCAUGGAUCCAAUGGUAGAAUUGCUGCUGCAGACCUUCAUCAAGAUGAGCGCAAACACGAAGAACAUCGCAGCGCAAAACGGUAACGUGACCGUCGACACUAUCUUCCAGAACGUCACGUACACAAACAGAAUCAUGCAACAUGUGCAGUUUGCCGUUGUCGACAAGAACGUCCAGCCUAGGACCUUCGCAGCAGGGUGGCUAAAGACGCUCAUCAGGAGAAAUGCGCAGCACAAGGGCCACUUUGAGCAUACCGGUGGUCUGGAUAACACGAUGAAGGCCAUCCAAAAGGGUCUUUCGGACGCCAAUCCUAAAGUUCGCGAGAACUUCAGAAGCACAUACUGGCAAUUUGCGAAGAUAUGGCCUGACAGGGGUGCAAUCAUCAUGGAAGGACUAGACGCCAAGGCGCAGUCUCUUCUCCAAAAGGAUUCUAAUAAUCCGAACGCAGCGGCUCCCUCCGCACCAAACGCAAAGGGCCCUGCUGGCAGACUCAAGAGCCAGAUCUCGCGCUCAUCUUUGAAGGAGACCAUCGCAGCGCAAAGGAAGGCUCAAUUAGCGAAGAAAAUUCCUGACCGUCCUAGCUCUGCGCAGUCGUCCUUCUCCCCCGUAAAAUCGGGGUCUUCGACGCACCUGACCGACCGUCCGGGUCUGUCAAAAUCUCAGACCAUGCCGCGGCCCCCAUCGGGUCUGUCUAACCGCUCAGCAUUGAAUUCCUCGACGUCUGCAGCAUCUUCAGGCAACUCUUUAAUGGCCAAGCCUGUCCGGAGGCCUCGUAUGCAGCCUCGUCCACAAACUGCUGACCCGUAUGCAUCGAGAAACAGGAACGCACCGCGGACGGAAACACCGACUCUGAGUCCGGAGAACAGUCCGAGUAGAGCCCCGGCAAGGAAGACCGAUACUGUGAAGCGUACGCUUGGUCCACGCUCCACUACCAAAGAGGGAGCGGCAGCCACUCCGGCUAGGCCGAAAUCCAGGCUUGGUGAGGGAUCGCACCGUAAGACACCAAGCAUUGAGCCUCCGACCACACCUUCGAACAAUGAGGACUUGACCAUGGUUAUGCCUUUCCGGCAAAGGACAGCCACCGACGGCGGUAUUUCUUAUGCCAACGAUGACGAGGGAUUUACGAUGGUUGUUCCUACGAUGAAGUUCUCUCAACAUGAUGAGCGGAGACUGUCUUCUCCGCGUGCCAGUCCAUCCAAGAUUCCCUCACCACGCGGUAGCUCGCGUCCUGCUUCUAGGGACCUUCAUCUCGGCUCUCCUAUUGCCAACCUCAAGGCAAUUGUGCAGGCCCGUAGUCCUCCCUCCAAGUCUACUGAGGGUGCCUCUACCGACAUUACUGCCGGUGAAGAGGUCAAGGUUUAUGAGGAUCCAGUUGUUGCUCAGGAGGCCGAGGCGCCUCAGCCACCUAAGGAUGAGAAGACUGUUCUUGGAGAGCUUCCCGUCAACGAGCAGAACCGCGAUCGCCGCGAGAGCAGCGAAACCCUUAACGGUGCGUGGGACGACUCGAAGGAGAAGCCUGCUGCCAAUGGCUCUGCCAAUGAUGAGGAGAUUGUUCACGACCGUGCUGAAGUUCUCCGCACUCGUCGUCUGCUCGCAAGUGGCAUUGAGCGCAUUCGCGCCAAGACCCUCGACGUGCACGGCUUCCGCCGUCUGCAGGACCUCGUCAAGAGCGACAUGGACAUCUGGGGCGAGAACGGCGAGCGCUUCGGUGACCUCCUGCUUGCGCUGCUCGACUAUCUCGAGACGCCGACGGAGGUCCUCAAGACGCCCGCCAUCAAGGCGCAGAACAUCAAGACGCAGGUCCUUGGCACGAUCCGCGCGAUGCUCGUCCUGCACCGUAAGCUGUCUGCGCCUUACGACAGCCGCGCGCUGUGCUCCGUUCUCUCGGCGCGCGCGCAGUGGGAUUCGGCGUCGUACAUCAGCGUAGACCUGGAGAAGCUGGCGUCGGACAUAGUCGCGCACGGCGACGCAACAGCCUGCAUGACAGCCAUCAUCGAGCUGCUGGAAGCGUCGUCGCCGGCCGGACCCGCGGCGCCGGGCUCGCCCUCGUCGGCGGCCAGCGCGUCGUCCAACACGCCCAGCCGGCCGUCGAGCUCGACGGCGCCGAACCCGCGCACGACGACGCUGAGCCUGCAGACGCUGAGCAACCUGCUGCAGACGCGGGACGCGAAGACGUCGCCGAUCGACGAGGCACAGGCGGGCCAGCUGGGCCGUCUGGCCGUCAAGUUCCUGGGCAGUCUGGACCCGGACGUCCGCCGUGCCGACAUGGAGUUCUGCGUGCAGCUGCAUGAGCGCCUGGGCGGCGAGCAGGACGGCGGCUUUUGGAAGGCCGUGGCGGGUGCGGAUAAGGGACAUCUGAACUUGAUGACAUACUAUCUUGCGAGGCGAAGCAAGGCCUAA